AUGGCGGGCGCUUUUAGCAUGACCGUCACCAAGUCUGCCUCAGAGCAGUUCAGCACAGCCCUAGCAGGGCAGCCACCGAGUGUCCUGGAGGAAGCGAAACCAACACAGCUAUUUCCAGUGCUGCCAACAUGUGCCCAGAGAGCAUUAAAGAGAGAGGAUGGGCGCCAGAAGACCCAGCCCAGCCAGACCCUGAAAGUGGCAGAAGAGAUCUUCACCGUGUUUGACUCUGAUGGAAACAGCACUGUCACCCGCCAGGAGCCACAGGAGGCGCUGACCCUGCUCACCGAUAGCAUCCCGGACAAACUCAAAUUCCUCUUCCGGGUGUACAGUGUCGGCUUCUGUAAGGAGGAAGGGCCCUCGGGGGCUGGGAUGGACUCGGUGCGGAGUGAGGCAGGCCCCUGCUCCGCCUCCUGCCCACCUGGGACACGCAGCGGCACGAAUGACGGGGAUGAGCUGCUCCCCGGGUGGUGGUGCCUGCGUGCCAGCACCAUCCCGCUGCCCCGCGACAAGCUGGACCGGCUCACGCUGGCGCGCUUUCAGUCGGCCAGCGAGGGCGCCUUCGCCUUCGACGGGCUCCGGGACGAGCUGCAGCACUUCCACGGGGUCACGGAGAACCUAACCAGCAGCGCUGGGUACCGGCUGGCGCCCCCUGCCGCCCGACCGCGCUCGCGCCGUGCUCGCCCUCUGACCGCAGCCUAUCCGCACAACCACCGCAGGCAGCUGCUCUGCCGGGCCACCUACGCCGGCCUCCACGUGCUGCUCUUGGCGCUUCGGCCAGCGCGCACCAGAGACCGCGGCCCCAGCGUCAUGGUGGCCAGGGGCUGCGGCCAAUGCCUCAGUUUUGGCCGCAGCUUCAUCGUGCAGAUGCUCAGGUCCUGCCUCAUGUGGCUGUGGGCCAUGUGGCUGGCUCAGGUGCUGCUGCUCCACCAGAACAUCCAGUUCCACCAGUUCAUGGGCUGCACGGUGGUCAGGCCCUCCCUGCACAGGGUGGCCCAUGUUGUGAACUUUGCAUUCCCGGCUCAGUCCGAGGCCAGCCUCCAUGUCUGGGAUCUGCUGCUCACCACCAGGCCUGGCACUGGCUAGGCCCACGGCUCUGCCUCCCCAACCUGUGUGGCGCUGCUACUCCUCACGUCUGUCUGCUCCAGCUCCUGCAUCCACAGAAGAGGCCACUUUGAGGUGCCUGGCCAUCAUACCAUCUGGCUGCACAUUUGGUUCCAAGGCCAGUACAACAGGCUGUAUGAGUCCUUGAAGGCAUCAGUCUGUGGUUCUGGCUCCAAGAGGUGGUUGAGGAGCUUGAAGAUGGGAAGAAGCCAGAGGAGGACCCAGUCCACGCUGGUCUUUGAGAUGUCCUCUGAGAACCACCAAAUCAGCAACAUCAGGUGCCGCAUCGAUGGCCCGCAUGGAACCCUCACCCACAGGAUCUUUGCCUCGGAGCAUGCCGUGUGCACUGGGGCAGGCUUCAGCGUCACCCCCUUGAUUCCAUCCUGCGGAGCAUCAGUUCUCUGGGGACCUGAGAAGUCUCAUACUCCCUCCCAGUUCAAACCCCUCAUCCUGUGUCCCCUCAGGCACCAGAAAACAAAGCACAUUUGCCCCAGAUGCCAGCACAGCCGGGUGGAGGGUGUCCAGGACAAAGACAUGAAGCGCCACCAGGUGGACUUCAUCUGGAUCAACUGAGACUUGCGGUCUUUCUAGUAGUUUCUGAGCCUCCUGACCGAACUGGAGGUGGAGCAGGCCGAGGAGACCCAGGGGAUAGGAUGGGGUGGCUUCCUGGAGCUACAUAUGUACAUGACCUCCGCACUGGGCAGGAAUGACAUGAAGGCCAACCUCCUGGCCAGGAAGGAAAGGAAAGACUCCAUCCCAGGCCUCCAGACACACACCCAGCCUGGGUGGCCUGACGGGAGCCUGCAGGGGCCAGCAUUCCAGGAAGUGACCACAGAGAAGAAGGGCAAGGCACAGGUUUUCUUCUGUGGCUCCCCAGCUCUGGCCAAGGUGCUCAAGGGCCAUUGUGAGCACUUCAGCUUCAAAAUUUUUCAAGAGAACUUCUGUCCCCACCUCUCCAAGCUCUUCCCAGACCCAUAUCGCCAGCCAGCUUGA